UGAACUGAUAAGGUGUAGUAACGAAUUAUAUCUCAUAAGUACAGAGCGAGGCCCGUCAGAACUAGGUGCAGUUCUGAAAUUUGGUAGAGUUAUAGUUUUUACCUGUAGGAAUCUAGGAAAAUGAUUCUCUUUUUUUUUAAAUUAUUCUUAUCGAACCUGAAUAUAAAUUGUCAGAAGUCUUAAUAAUGACUAAGUACAUAAAAAUUGAUGAUAUAGUCAGAAGUUGCUGAAGCGGCUAUCACGACGGAAAGUAAUGUUUCGAAUCUAGUUUUCAGUUAAAAUAUCAAUAUCUAACAAUUGCAUUUUAUAUUAUUUAUAGCUUACUGAACCUGUACAUAUAUUGUCAGAAAGCUAAAUAAUGGCUAAGUACAGCAAUAAUUAUGAUAUGGCCAGAAAUUACUGAAACGGCUAUCGCGAUGAAAAGGAACGUUUCGAAUCUAGUUUUAAAAUUAAAUAACAAGGUGCAGUUUUGGCUAUUUAUUGAUGUAAAUUUUUGCAUUUUGCAGACAUGCUAUCGAGAAAUAAAUUAAAUUAUACUGAGAAUGAUACAUGUGUAUCAUUCUCAGUAUAAUUUAAUUUAAUUAUGUUGCAAAUGGUCCACACAGUAACUGCACACUUACCCAUGUCUUCAGAAAGAAAACAAAAUUUUAUAAAUGAAACUAAAAAUAACCUGAUUUUAAGCCAAUUGUAUUUGUAUUAUUUAAAGGGAUGGCCUACUGAACAUAAAGUUUUAAAUAACUGUAAACAAUUUUUUAAGUUAAAAGACAAUAUAUAUUUCUAAUCUGGUUUAGCAUUUUAUGAUGAUAAAAUUAUUGUACCGUCUUCUUUACAAAAAUAUGUUCUGAAUUUAGUUCAUGAAGGUCAUCCCGGGAUUUUUAAAAGCAUAAAGAAAGCCAGACAAUUGUUUUAUUGGCCUGGACUCAGUAAAGAUAUUCAGGAUUUUGUAAUGAGAUGCCGUACUUGUGAAAAAUUUAGGUCAGCCAACCCUCAUGACAAUUUAACUAGCCAUAAAAUACCAAAUCGAAAAUUUGCAAAAGGUUCGAUAAGCAACAAAUAAUAUAAAAAUGCAUUUGUCAGAACUGCACCUCGUGGUUCAAAUUUAAACAAUUUCUUUACAACUUUGUCGACUUCUGUCAGUCUUUAAGCCCCGACCUAGACUUCUGACAAUAAUUUUCCUAGAUUCCUACAGGUAAAAACUAUAAUUCUACCAAAUUUCAGAACUGCACCUAAUCAUUUUUUUUCUUAUUGAAAAUUUACGACU